CCAAGAUGUUCUUUCAUGGCUAAAGUUGCUCAAUAAGUCUCUGCCUCAGUCCAAAUGUGUGGAAAGUUGCCAUCCUGGAUUUGUCAAGAGGGCUCGAGAAGGAGAGCCAGUUUGCUGCUAUGACUGCGUUCCUUGUCCAGAGGGGACCUUCUCCACUCAGGAAGAUACUGAAAAAUGCACCAAGUGUCCGGAUGAUAAAUACCCAAAUGAGGCCAGAGUCCAAUGUAUCCCCAAAAUUAUAACCUACCUGUCUUAUGAAGAACAUCUGGGCAUCAUCCUGGUCUCUUUUGCCCUUCUCUUGUUCCUAAACUCAGGGCUUGUUUUAAUCAUCUUUAUUAGAUAUCGAGAAACUCCCCUUGUCAGAGCCAACAACCGGGACCUCUCCUACAUCCUCCUGGUCUCCCUCCUGCUUUGCUUCUUGUCUCCUUCUCUCUUCAUUGGUCAACCAAGGAAAGCCACCUGCCUUCUCCGACAAAUGGUCUUCAGCAUCAUCUUCUCAGUGGCCAUUUCUUCUCUCUUGGCCAAAACCAUCAUGGUGGUGCUGGCUUUCCUGGCCACAAAACCAGGAAACCGAGUGAAGAGAUGGUUGGGGAAGAGUUUUGCCAACUUCAUCAUCCUUUCUUCUUCUGCUGUCCAAGUUAUCAUCUGCUCCAUCUGGCUGGGACUUUCUCCCCCCUUCCCUGACUCUGACCUCCACUCCCAGCCUGGAGAAAUCAUCUUGCAUUGCAACGAAGGGGCCGUUGUCAUGUUCUACGUCACCCUCAGCUACAUGGGCUUCCUGGCUGCCAUCUGCUUCACGGUGGCUUUCCUGGCCAGGAAUCUGCCUGGGGCCUUCAACGAAGCCAAGCUGAUCACCUUCAGCAUGCUGGUCUUCUGCAGUGUCUGGGUGACUUUUGUGCCCACCUACCUGAGCACCAAAGGGAAAUCCAUGGUGGCUGUGCAGGUCUUCUCCAUCCUGGCCUCCAGUGCUGGUCUGCUGGGCUGCAUCUUCAUCCCCAAGUGCUACAUUAUCCUUCUGAGGCCAGACCUCAACACAAAGGAGCAGCUUACUGCCAGGAUACAUUUAAAAACAUAG